GUACGCGCGCGUUCGUGUGCGCGAGUGGCUGCGCGUGCGUGGGUUUGCGCGCGCUCGCGUUAGGUUAGGUUUUUAUUACCAGUGACAUCGACCGGCCAGCAUGCCGCCGUCGAUCCGAAAUCCGUACCGUUUCGUCCGAUAAAUUGUGAUUAUUUCGUCGUCGUCGCCGCGCGAUUUUCCGUCAGUGCACCGUGUGUAACGUUGCCGUUUGUCGUCGGCGCCGCCUCGCCGAUAUCCGUGCACCGAACGUUCUCGCGGCGGACACGCCGACGCACUCGUCUAGUACCGACUUUCCACCACAUCGAUUACAGCCGGUCCACAUUUUACAGUAAUAAAUGAAUAGUAGAAGUGGAGGGCCAUCAGAUUUAAUUGAUGGUUGUGGUAGAGUACAACCAUUAAUGAACAAUGUUUUAGCCCCAAAUGUUGUUGGCAACAAACAAUCAAAUACAACUAGUGGAAAUAUGGAUGACCAACAACAAAGUCAGAUUUUUGUAUUUUCUACGAGUUUAGCAAAUAAAUCAGCAGAAUCUGUGUUAGCUGGCCAAUAUCCUAAUAUUAUAGCUUAUCAUUGUACUCAACCGCAAACAAAAAAAUUUCUAGAGGCCAAUAAACUUCACCAUAGAGGUUCUCUUGGAAUGAAUGGGCUUGCUCACUACCAUGGUAUGUCUGAUAUGAUGACAAUGAGUGGCCCUAAUAAAUGUCAACCAUCUAAAAUGGAUCUUAUGUCAUCAUUUGGUAGAUCCCCAAAGGCAGUUCCUUCAAGCCUAGAUGGCCAAAAUUCCCAAGCCUCUAUGAUGCCAACUUUAGACUUUGAUGAUUCUAUAGGUAGUAGAAACUUACCUCAAGGAGCAACAUUACACCAUUCAUUAACUGGUGUUCAAGUACCUGAUGAAAAUUUGACUCCACAACAAAGACAACAUCGUGAAGAACAACAAGCAACUUUACGGAAGCUUAAACAAGUAUUAUUUCCUGAAAACUCAAAUAAUGCUGGAGGACCUUUUCAACAGCAACCUCCUGUUACAUUGUCAUCCUCUUCUGUUGGAGGUCCAUUUGAUAAUUGCAGUGGAAGUGGUGUUAGGGACGAUUUAAAGCCAUCUAUUGAAGAUGAUUUAGAUGUAGAUGUUGUUGUAACAGCUGCAAGAGUAACUAAGUCUGCAGGAGGUCUCACGUUGCCACCUAGAACCCCAACAUCAAGUUCAUUUGAUAGGCCAAAAUCAAUUUUUGACAAUGAAGAUGGGAAAAAGAAAGAUGGGGGAUGUUGUGGUCCACCACCUUCUUACCAUCAAACCGUAGCUCGAUCUACUAGCAUUCCUAUUGUUUCUGUACCAAUUUGUAGCCCCAAUUCACCAUUAUCUGGCAAUGAUACUGUAGUAACAAAUAGCAAUUCAUCGUUGCCAUCUCACACAUGUUCAGCACUCAACUCUCCAGCUGGUGGUCAACCAUCACCAAGUAUGAGUGCUGCUGUUGUACGAUCUCUUGGUAGCAAUGGAUCAAGACAAGAAUCCAGUAAUCCAAGUACAUCAGUUCAUAGAAGAGUCUCUUCAUCUCAAAAAAAUAUGGACAUGAUUAUGACAGAUAUGAAGUCUUAUAAUAUCGUUCGUCCUGGUGAUAAGUCUUUAAAACCUUCUACAGACGCAGCAGCUACUGUUGCAGCUAAUCUUCAAACAUCACAGCAUCAACCAUUGAAAAAUGUUGAUCCAAUAUCUUCUUUGGCUCAAAUGAACCAACAAUUAGCUAAUAAUGUGGCUAGUGGAGGACUUUGGUGUCCAUUAUCACCAAAAUUAUCAUUAAUUAUGCUACAACAACAAUAUCAACAGCAACUACGACAAAGAUUAAUGCCUAGAAUACCACCAAGAGAUGGACCUGGAGUAUUAUUAUAUGGUGGUACUAGUAUACAGGUUAAACCUAGUGCACCCAAUACAAUACAAUAUUUACCUAACAACUCUAGAGGCACUCCUCUGCCUCCCCAAAAUCCACAACAACAGCAAAAAUCUGAUUUAGAUAUUUUGCAAAAGUUUUCUGGCGGACCUGGUAAUGGUGGAAAUCCAUUUAGACAAUGAUGAAAAAGUACCAUCUCACAGUUUACAAUGUUUUCCAAAUUCCGGUGGUGGGGGUUACAAUACUUCAAUACAUAAAGAAAAUUGAAAUCUAGUAAAAAAUAGAUUAAAGAAGUCAAUUUUUAAUUUAUAUAAUAUUUUAGUAAAUUUUAGUAAAAAUUUUUGUAAUUUCUCAUUUUUUUUUUGCAAGUUCAUCAAUCAUACUAUCAACUUUAAUUUGUAAUAUUUAAUAAAUAAAUAAUGUUACCAAUUCAUUCAGUCAACCCUAAAUUUAAAUUUAAAUCAAAAAACUAGGUAAUUAAUAAUAAUUAUUUAUUUAGGACGAUAAUAAUUUAACCUCCUCCGUUGUAUUAUUCUGAAUUCUGAGAUAUGCCUUAAUUCAUUUUACAAAUUAUACGAGAUAUCUGUUUUUAUUUGUAGGAUAAUAUUAAGAUGUAAUAUUACUUAAGUUCACAUUUUUAUACUUGUCACAAAAUACUUAUUGUUAAGUAUAAAAAAAUGAAAAAUGUGUUGUAUUUUGUCUGAAUAUAAUAAUUAACCUCAUAGAUUUAUGUAUUUGGGUUAAAAAACAAUAUUUAUAUUUUUAUUUGUAUGUUUUAUUAUGUUGUUAUAUUUAUCUGGAAUAAAUCUCGUGCUGUCUCAGUAGCUCUAGGCCAUGAAACUAAAAAUUAUUAUUUUUUUUUUUACAUGUCUAUAAAAUAUUUAAGUAAUUUUAUUUAUUUUGUAAAUAAAUAAGUAUGAUAAU